AUGCCAGCUGCCGCAUAUGGCGGAGCCACGUCAUCGUUGUCCACGUCACCAACUCCAGAUCAAGCAGACGGCCUUUCUUACGUCAGUCCUGCCGGCAUUGACGUCACUGGAACUCGUUCGGACCCCUCAUCCAUAUCAAACUUCUCGCGAACCUCCACCGGACCUCCGCUCUCCCGAACCUCCACCGGACCUCCGCUCUCCCGAACCUCCACCGGACCUCCACUCUCCCGAGUCUCCAGCGGGGGCUUGAGCAGCAACAGCUGGACCGGCGUGGCGCCUUGGGACUGGCCGGAGUCUCUGGCGCCCGCUUUUGUGGCGGGAGCUGCGGGCGGCGGAGGCGCAGCAUGGGGGGCAGCGGGUGGGGGAGGCGGAGCAUGGGGGGGAGCGGGUAGCGGAGGGGGGGCAUGGGGGGCAUCAGGGGCGGCAGUAAACGGGUCAAGGGUGGGAGCAGGCGAAGGGCGCGCAGCAGCGGGAGGGACAGCAGGAGAGGGUUUAGGGCAGCAGCAGGGGGGCUUGCAGGGAAAUUCAGCCCUGGGAAUGCACGCUGGCAGCGGGUAUGGCGGAAGUGCCGCUGGUGGAUUGGGAGGAUGGGGAGGGCCAGGUGUCUACAGCGGAGGGGGAGCAGCGGCAGGAGCAGUGGGAGCGGUAGAGGCAGGAGCGGUGGCAGCAGGGGGAGGUGGGAUUGGGAUCGGAAUAGAGGCAGGCGGAUUAGGUCGUCACUCCUUCCUCGCAGCUUCCUCCACAUCCCCCCCUACCUUCACCCGCUCGCUCACCGAACCUCGCCUCUUCGCCCCCCGCCAGGCCCCCUGGCACGCACCCGCGCUCUCCCCCUUUCCCGCUUCCGCCUUCCCCCCGCCUCCCCCUUCCGCCUACUCCCCACCUCCCCCGUCCGCGUUCCCCCCGGGCUUCCCCCUGCCGUCCGCUGACCCCUUGUCCCCGCUGGGGGCGGGGGCGGAGCUGCUGUCCCCCACGCGCCCGCUGCCGGUGUGCCCGGCCAAGGGGCAGUGGGUGCGCGGCAGCCAGAUCGGUGCCGGGGGCUUCGGCAGGGUGUUUCAAUGCGUGAGCAGCAUGACAGGAGAGGUGUUCGCAGUGAAGCAGGUGGCGCUGGAUCGCUCCGAUCGCUCUGAGCUGUCCCAGACCUCUCAGCUUCUCGCUCCCACCUCAUUCCCCCGCCCCGCGCCCCCCUGUGCCCCCCCGUGCGCCUGCAUGCCCCCCCAUUGCAGCAGCAUGACAGGAGAGGUGUUUGCAGUGAAGCAGGUGGCGCUGGAUCGCUCCGAUGCUGACUUCAGGGGCGACCACUCCAUUGAGCAGCUCAAACAGGAGAUCAUGCUGCUGAGUCGCAUCAACCACCCCAACAUCGUGCAAUACCUCGGCUGUGAGAUUGACGACAAGUACCUGUACAUAUUCCUGGAGUACAUGGAGAUGGGGUCCAUUCUGAACGUGCUGAAGAAGCUACCAGUGCGCCCCCACGCGCUGCUCAGCAAGUAUGUGCGCCAGGUGCUGCAGGGACUGGCGUUCCUUCACUCCAUGGAGUUCGUUCAUAGGGACAUCAAGUGCAGCAACAUCCUGGUGGAUAAGAGCGGCACCAUCAAGCUCGCUGACUUUGGCCUUGCCAAGCAUUACUCGGCAUCGUUGGACAUGACAGGCUGUCGGGGCACUGUCUGGUGGAUGGCACCUGAGGUGAUCAAUGCAUCGGGAGGCUACGACUGGGCGGUGGACAUAUGGUCGCUGGGCUGCACCGUGAUAGAGAUGGUCACGCUCUGGCCGCCCUGGUUCCACCCCGCCUCCGGCUGCCCCAUCUGGGGCCGCGGCUUCGGCCCUGUGAGUGCACAUGCCCUAGCCAUCAUUAACCCCGCUAACCGCACAAGUGGUUCCACUGAACCCUCUGGUGCUUGCAAGUGUCCCACAUGCCCCACGUGCCCCACCCGCUCUGGCCGCCCUGGUUCCACCCCGCCUCCGGCUGCCCCAUCUGGGGCCGUGGCUUCGGCCCUGUGA